AUGAAGUUCUCUACCACCCUUGUUGCUCUCGUUGCUGCCGGCCUCGCCAGCGCCCAGCUUCCUGAUGUUCCCGCUUGCUCCCUGAGCUGCUUCGUCACUGCUCUGUCCAGCGACGGCUGCUCCGAGCUCCUCGACUUCGAGUGCCACUGCCAGAAGACCGAGCUCGUCUCCAGCAUCACCCCCUGCGUUGAGAAGGCUUGCGAGUUCGAGGACCGCGUCGCCGUCUCCAACGCCGUCACCGACCAGUGCAAGUCUGCCGGCCACCCCAUCACCAUUGACCCCAUUGAGAGCGAGGGCGGCUCUGCCACCACCACCUCCGAGUCCUCCUCGGAGACUCCCGCUCCCACCCCCACCGAGACCUCCGCUGAGCCCACCCCCACCGGUGAGGAGUCCACCAGCGCCGAGGAGUCCACUUCCACCGCUGAGCCUGAGCCUACCGCUCCCACUACCAGCGGCUCCGCCGUUCCCACCGGCUCUUCCGGUGUCCCCACCUCCACCCCUCUGGUGACCAAGACUGGCACCGCCGCUCCCUCGGCCUCCUCGCCCGUCUUCAACGGCGCUGCCAACGUCAAGGGCAACCUCGCCGGCGUUGCUGCCCUCGCCGCUGCUGCCGCUUACGUCCUGUAA